AUGUCCGCACAGACCUCAAACGGCCGCAGCCAGCAUACAUUGAACGCGGUUGGGCUGUGUCUCAAUACCAUUCCUGUCCGCGUCAAGUUGAAUCCCACGUGGUCCCCGCUCGACUUGAUGGUCUUCCUGCAAGGGCAACAUCGCGACAGCGUCGACCACGAGCUGUUGGGUUUCCGGGAUAUCGUUGAGCGCUCCACCUCCUGGCCAAAAGGGACAACGUUUCAGAGCAACAUUGUGCACCAGAAUACCGAUCCCGAUGUCCCUUUUGCUUUUGGCCGUGGACUCCACAGGCUUAGGGUUGUCAACGUUGAUCAAGUCGUCAUGGAACUCUAG